AUGGCGGGUCCCAUGUCUGCGGAAAAGGAGCAGCCCAGGAAAAGGAAAAAGAAAAAACCUACAAGUAAAGGCAGAAAAACCGAAAAGGCAAAGAACCCGGAGGAGGACUACAAAGAGCUGUACGCGGAGCAGGUCCAAGAGAUACUAGCGCUGAACCAUAUUUACUUCCCGAUCUAUGUGGACCGCCCAGGACACAUAAAAAAGGCGCACUUGCCAAGCGACCUGAUGAGCAAAGGCGAAUAUAAUGAGAAGAACAAAGAGCUCACCGCGGCAGUAGUCCCAAUAGAAAUGAACGACGAAAUUGAUGAAAACAAUUGCGUACAAAUUAGCCUUUUCUUUAACUACGACAAUGACCUACCCAAGUACAGAAUUUUAUUCACAUUUGAAAAAAAAUACCCCUACUCAUAUCCUAAUAUCUACCUAUACAUGAGUAGGGCCCUCAGCAAGGAACAGACUACUCACCUUUCCUUGAAUAUAAAAAAAAUUUGUGCUAAAAAUUAUGGACGGAUUACUCUCUUUGAUAUUUGCAUCUACUCAAAUGAAUAUUUCAAUAAAAUUUUGAGUCACAACUUUGAGAAUUUGUGGGAAGAAAUGAAACACAGGAUUGAUGAUUUGAGCAGGGGGGAGAAUAGUCUGGAUCAACAGACAUCGAUGUGUUCCGAUCGGAAUGACGUUAUGGAGGGUAUGACCGGAGGGGCUGCGGGUAGAGGUAUCGCAGCGGGUAGAGGCAUCGCAGCGGGUAGAGGCGUCUCGGGGGGAACUGUGGCUGCUGGGGCGGCUGGGUUAUGGUCAUACUCUUCUGAAUACUUUAGAACGCACAGGGGUGGAGGCACAUGGCUGGAAUAUGAGGAAAGGAGAGACGCAGAGCUGAGAAACAGUAGCUUCAGUUUGGAGGAUCGGAGGAACGCCCGAAACAGCAGCUGCGGUACGCAUGGGAACGAUGGCGAUAGCGGUACGGGGAGCGCUUCCAAUGUGCGCACCCAUGCCAGCGAUAUGAGGAAUGACAGCAUGAAGGGUAGUAGGAAUGACAGUAGGAAUGGCAGUAGGAAUGGAAGUAGGAACGGCAGUAGGAAUGGCAGUAGGAAUGGCAGUAAGAAUGGCAGUAGGAAUGGCAGUAGCACUGCCAGCAACCGCCCCAGCGGCCACGAUGUAGCCCCCCAGCGCAAGCCUCGCCACCCAGGAGAGAGAUACUACCACAUGCCGUCCACCGAGGGGAGAUUCUUCAGAAACAUACAUGAGUCGAACAGCAUCUCGGGAUUCUCAUCAAUCAAUAGCUGCGUGGUGGGGGGAGAGGAAGAAUAUUUAAAUAUUUUUACAAAAAAAGAAAAAAAAACACAAGUCCGAAAAAUAUCAGAAGAUGAACUGAAUGGACGAAAAAAAAAAAAAAUGGAAUUGAGUGAGCAAAGACUAAUCACACAUGGAAACGGAAGGCUAAAGCAUUUCCAGAUUCUCAAAAAGACAAAAAUCAGUUACUACAGAAAUAGGUUGCUUGUAAGACACAACAUAGAUACUAAUAUGUACAUUAUUCACACCUAUGCCAUUUUGGGUGUUUUUGAUUUCCUGGCCUUUUUUUUAAACCACCUGCUGCACUGCAACAGGGGCUUCAACUUGUUUUGCAACCUCGGUGAGAAGAGCGGGCGGGCGGUACAGGCGGUGCAAGCUGUGCAAGCGACGAACGCGGCCAACGUGGCCAACCUUGCCGACAACGUGGAAAAGAAAAAAAAAAAAAACGAGAAAAAUGAGAAACUGUUCACAAACUUUUUAAAAGACAUAAACGAAUUCCGCACACAGAGGAACAGCGGGAAGCUGUAUGACCCCUCGUGCCUCGAUUACUUCUGCAGUGAAUACGAACUCUAUGCCAGAAAGCAUUGCCUAGUGAGCACGGAGAACGAGAAGACGCUGCUACACGUGUUGAGCGAGCUGAACUUUGGGCGAUUAAAAAAAGUAGUAAAUCAUUUUCGUAUGGUCCAAAAAAUGAACUUGAAGAAAAUUAUUCGUGAAAUUUUGAAGCUGACAAAAAUUCAACACAAGUACUUGGCGAGGUACCACGUCUCCUGGUCGCAGCGGGAACAUGCCGAGUUAAACGAGGACAUGGGUGAAGACAGGGACAUGUGCAAGGUGCUCGAGAUGGUGAAGGUACUCAUCCUGGACAGGCUCUUCCGCAAUUGCGAAGUGGGGAGUGGCCAUGGGGGUGCCGCAACGGAAGCCAAAGAUACGCACCUGUGCAGGCAUGAGCAAGCCAAGCGAAUAGAAGAACUCUUUCAAAAGGUGCGAAGCAGGGACAUCUGCGAAAGUGAGCAAAGUCGGGAAAGGAAAAAGGAAAAAAAAGAAAGCAUGGAAGGGAGCAGCAGCGCCGCGCGCGAUGUAGACUCGUCUCCUCAAAGUGUAAACAUCUUCAGUCGCAGUUACAUAUUUACGGAUGGGAGCAGCCCGCACCAGCAGAAUGGGAAGCAGCCACACUGCCUCAACAGUAGUGACCACAGACGGAUUAGAAGCCCCGGAGGGACGAAAGGCAACCACUACGAGGACUCCCACGAAGAGGCGAAAAGGAAAAAAAUAAAAAACAAAAACGACUCUUCCACCCCACGUGGAUUCACUUCAACAUUAAGUGAAAGCACAAAUAAAAGAAAGAGCACAUUCGAAGACACGGGAAACGAGAGGGAGAAAGACACGCAGGGGGACAACCCUAACCCGUCGCGCACAGAACGAAUGCUCAAUCAAAAAAUUAAGUUCAUACAAAGGCUAAUAAGCAAAAAGGAAAAGAAAAAUGAUGUCCUGUACGUUCAGUGUGAAUACUGCAAGGGAGAAAUUUUAGAAAAAGAAAUUAAAAAAUUUUUUCAAAAUAACAAGUACCUCAUAUGGACCGUUUUUAGACAAAUUUUGGAAUGCCUAAGUUACCUGCACAAGAGGGACAUUUACUUGAAAAAUUUAACCACAGGAAAUAUGUUUGUGAAUGUAGACGAGUACGGGAUUCACAUAAAGAUUGUUAAUUACACUGCGUGCAAUUUGAUUGGGUAUAUUUAUUUUUACAGUUCUUCCUAUGAGCGGAACUGCUCCUACAUGGCUGAUUUUUUGAGAAACUUCUACCGCGAAGGGGAGGCAGAGCAGCGGGGAGAGCGGCGGGGAGCGCAGCAGGGAGUGCAGCAGGGAGCACAGCAGAGAGCGCAGCAGAGAGCGCAGCAGGGAGCGCAGCGUGGCAACCAUCGGGGUGGUAGUCCACAGGGGAGAGACGCCUCGGAAAGAAGCAGAAGAGGCCACGAACCGGCAGAAGAAACAUCCCACGCAGAGACAGCCCAGCAAAGCACCAAGGCGGACAAAGGAGCCUGCCAAGUACAGGGAGGACCCCACACUCUCGAAGAGGAAGAAAAAGAAGAAAAAAAAGCGGAAGAAGAAAAAGUAGAAGAAGAGGAAGAAGAAGAAGAAACGAAGUGGCCGUUCUUCGCCCAUAUGAAAAGCCACAUAAGAAAGAAGCUCCUGGAGGACCAAAAGAACCAUUCCACGAAGAGUGACACAUCGCAGAAAGACAAACCAAAGGAGCAAACUGAAUUCUAUACACACUCACAUAAUCAACACCUAUACAACUGCCUAGCUAAACACAAGUACAGCUAUGAGGAACUGGAUUUAUUUUCUCUAGGAAUAGUCCUCUACGAACUGUUGCAUGUCCCCUUUAAGUCCCAAAAGGAAAAAAUGAUUAACUUGAGGAACAUGAUCACAAAGAGAACCUUCCCAGAAAAUUUUGUGAAGAAUGCUGGAGAUGAUGGAGCUGUUAAGGUUUUGAAAUUUAUUUUAAUUAAUACCAUAAGCGAUUGCCUUCAGAAGGACCCACUUGGGAGACUGCAGUGUCCGGACAUUUCAAACCUGAGCGCAAAGACCGACGACUGGAGCUGGAGCCCCCCCCUCGCCGCCGCCAACAGAAGCGGAAAUGGCAACGUGAACGGCAACGUGAACAGAAGCCGCAACAACGGCCGCAACGGCAAUCACGCGCAGUUGGCUAGUCAAGGGAAAAAAAAAAAAAAUUCCGUCGCCGUAGAUAGCCACAAGAAGGAAGUGCCCUACUGCAAGGACAAGUCGCGUCUCGCCGGUGAGGAGGUGGAGGAAGAAAAGGUAGAAAAGGUAGAAGCGAAGGAAAGGCAGAAGGCAGAAGCGAAGGAAAGGCAGAAGGCAGAAGCGAAGGAAAAGGCAGACGCAAAGGAAAAGGCAGAAGCAAAAGAAAAAGAAGAACUACACGUACGUUUUAAAAGUGCCACCUGUGCUGCAUGUGCUCCCCUUCCCGGCGGACGCGCACCCGCUGGCAAUUCGGAUGCGGCAGACCUAUUGGUUAACCCCCCCAAUGAAUCCCUCAAAGGAAAAAUGGAGGCAGUCAAAAAAGAGGGGGCCAAAAAAGAGGGGGCCAAAAAAGAGGCAAUCAAAAAAGAGGUAGCCAAAAAAGAGGCAAUCAAAAAAGAGGUAGCCAAAAAAGAGGCAGUCAAAAAAGAGGUAGCCAAAAAAGAGGUAGCCAAAAAAGAGGAGGCCAAAAAGGACAAAACCGACUUCACUGGGCGCACCACUAACAGUAGGAGCAACCUGUUUGGGGGCCCACCUUACAGAACGGACUUCUCUAGAAACGACGAUGACGAAGAGACGCACGGAAUAUCGGCGGAGCACCUCCUGAACUGCCCCCUCAUACCCAUGGUCAUUCAGAGAGACCUAUUUAAGUACUUUUUGCAAAAGUUAAAAAUAAACUCCCCUGUGGAGAGUAAAAACGUAUUAAGAGUUCUGCUCAACAAGGAGAAGGAAGCAAGUGAGGAGAGACUCAUGGAGACAAAUAGAAAGGUCAUGCCGUACACCAACGUCCGUACCUAUGAGUAUGAUGUCAUUAGUAGCUACGUAUUUGAACACAUCAGUACUGUGUUGUCUAAAAAAAACACAACGCAUAGUCACCCUCUCGCCUUUCUCUUGCACCCGGGAAGGGGAGGUCUACUGAUUGAACAGACCCUGGGGAACAACUUCGCGCAAAAGAUCCCUACGAAUUUUAUUAAAAGGAUGGAUGUGAAGAAUAGGAGAAGUGCGAGGGGGGAGAACAAGGUGUACUACUCGAGUUACCAGCCAGCGGGGGGGGGUCAGCAUGGCGACGACCAGCAUAGCGACGAUCAGCAGAGAGACCGGCAUAGCGACGAUCAGCAGAGAGACCAACAUAGCGACGAUCAGCAGAGAGACCGGCAUAGCGACGAUCAGCAGAGAGACCUGCAUAGCGACGAUCAGCAGAGAGACCAACAUAGCGACCGCCAUAGCGACGACCAGCAGAGCAGCGAGCGGGGGGAUAUUCCAAUCGGGCCGCAUGUCAACGCGCAGGAAACGGAGAGACGCCCUCCAAGCAACAGUCCCCCGUGGGAGACAAAGAAAAAAACAGGGGAAGGAAAAAAUUGCCCAGUAUUAAACCGGUCCAACCAAAGAAUUGUUUUUAUAGACAAAAACAACAAGCUGCUCUACGUCCCAUUUUACCUGACCGAGUCAUACAUGAAUGCAAUCCCCCACGGCACCCAGGGUAAGAACUUCAGUAGCUCGUUUUUCUUUUCGCAGAACCACUUUUUGCAAAGCGGUCGGCAGGAAACGGUGCGAAGGGAGAACAGCGUUUUGUACAGCAGCGUGGUGCGCGUGGACAGCCGGGGGGAACCCCACUUCGGGGCCAGCACUGUCGGCGGCACCAGGAAAGGUAGCGGCGCGAGGAAAGAUAGCGGCGCAAGGAAUGCUAGCGGCGUAAGGACUGCUAGCAGUGCCAACUAUGUGAACAACCGCUGUGAUGGCGCCCCUUACGCUCAGCGCUCCAACCACGGCAGUGAGAGCGAGGGCGGGGAUCCCGCGCCUGGGCAGGACACGCACGUCAACCUCUCCUUCUGCGUGUACCAACUCAUGAUCCUACACAACGUGCUAAGCAUACUGCACAGAUUCGAACACUACUUGGGAAAGCUUACCAUUAAGUGGUCCUGUACACACAUGCUCAUCCAGGUCAUUCGAGACGUCCUAUUCAUAGACCAAGACGAACGAGCCAGGUUCAUCCUUACCCAAUUACGACAACCAAACAUCAAGUAUAAGCAUUUUAAAAAGCUACUGUACUUUCUCAACUUAACCUACGACGAACGAAUUUUGAAAAAAAUAUACUCAGUUGUAGUGGACAAAUCGGAUAACCUAAAGCAGAGGAUGCAUAAGAUUAAAAAAAUGUAUUUUAUUUUGGACCAUCGGAAUAAAAAUGCCAUUAGCUACUUAGCUUCCACUGUCAUUUAUUUGGAGAGUUUGUUUGAACACUUUAACACAUCCAGAAAUAGAUUCCUAUGGGAUUUCUUCAUGAGCGAAUAUGAACAAGUAUUUUUUUUUUCCUUCGCCUUUGCUGUUUACUCGGAUGUUGAUCGAGAUAUGCUGCUAUCCAUUGGGGGGGUUUCCACGGACGCCUUUUCUCAUUCCGCCGAGCGUCCUCCCAGCGAGGCCACGUAUAACUUCGUCUACGAGAUUUUUGUGGAUGCCAUCUCGGCGUUGAUACUCCAGAAAGUCCGAAAGAACAACUGCGCCAGCAUGCCCAUCGACUUCCAUUCCCCCAGCGUGGUCAUCACCACCAAGGCGUACAAGCUGCUCGCCUACGCCUUCUCCCUCUACAACAGCUUGAUCCAGAACGGCAUAAAGUGCGAGUGCAAAAUCUCCCCCCUUGUCGAGACGUCCAAAUUCGAGCAGGGCCUCCUAAGGUACAGCGACAUAAACAUCCACGUGCAGAUAACGCAAAAGGUGAACUCCAACACAUCGCUGAAUAUAGAAGACUACGAGGGGUCAGCCGAGACCAUCACUUCCAAUAUAGUUGGCGAGGAAAACCUACACAUCAUGUAUAGCACCCACAUCAUUCGCCUGAAUAUCAAAAAGAACUUCGAAAACGAGUCCUCCCUCAUCAACUAUAUAAAGCAGUUUUACGCGAAGCGGUGA